AUGUACCAGCCGGACCACUUCAGUGACGGGACCGGCCGGGCUCUGUACUUCAAGGUCGACAAGGUGGCCUGCUGGGUGCUGGUCUACGUCGACGACCUUCUCGCCGCCAGCAGCAGUGCCGAGAUGCUGAAGGAGCUGAAGGAGCUGCUGGAGGCCGCCUUCGAGCUGCGGGAGAUCGUGCGCGACAGGUCGGCGAGGAAGCUGUGGCUCCACCAGCAGGGCUAUGCAGACAAGCUUCGUAGGCGUUUUCUCGACGAGGAGCAGACUGGGCGCACCCCGAAGACGCCGGUCUCGGUCGACCCCUAUGCCGAGCUCACCUUCGAGGACGAAGAGGCACAGGAGCGCCAGGAGGAGGAGUACCGGCAGAAGGUCGGCUCGCUGCAGUUUGCGGCGACAACAACGAGGCCGGAUAUCGCCUUUGCCUGCAGCAAGCUGGGGAGCGGCCUUACGGUGAGGAGCGACCAGCACUGGCGUGAGGUCGACCACUGCCUCGCCUACCUCGCCAACACCCGUGACACUGCCCUGGAGUUUGGUGGUGGACUUGAGUCGCUAAAGCUGGUCGGCUACGUGGACGCCGACGACGCCGGCGACAAGCAGAACCGGACGAGCACGGGCGGCUACGUGCUCGUCUACGCAGGGGCCGCAGUCUCCUGGUCGAGCCAGCGCAUCAAGUGCGCGACACUGUCGUCGACCGAGUCGAAGUACGUGGCAGCAACAGAAGCCGGCAAGGAGGGACGUCGACUUCGUUUUCUUCUUGCAGAAUUCCGGCAGCUGGACGUCGGGACGCCGACUGUCCUUCGGGUGGACAAAAAGUCGCCCAUCACAGUCGCCGAGGGCAUGGGGUUGACGUGCAACCUCAAGCACAUGGAACGGCGACAAUCCUGGCUGCAACACAUGAUGAAGCGUGGGAAGUUCUCACUGAGGUACAUCCCGACCGCUGAGCAGCCAGCCGACUUCCUGACGAAGGCGCUGCACUACCCGGCCUUCAACCGGUGCUCCGGUGCAAUCGGCCAGGUGCGCCUGGUCGACGUGGGCGACGGUGACAACGACGUGCAGCAGUAG